AUGUCUGCGCUUGAUACAAUAGCAUCACAAGUUCCACAAGAACUACGUGUGAAACUUAUGCAACAUUUUGGUAUAGCUAAAGAAUACGAAAAGAAUCCGGAAACGAUUUCUAUAACUUAUUAUUGUCUAAUGUACAUUGCUCAUGAAGCACUUAAACUUCAAAAAGAAAAACAAUUUGUUUCCAAUGUACUUGAUUAUCUUGAAACUACAAAACGAAAUAAUCCCAACGAUGAAAUCAUCAGAUCAUUGACAACUGGUCAAGCAACUAUCGAAGAAUUAAUCACCCUUCUUGUUGGUGAAACGAACGAAGCAGAAAACGAAGAAGUCAAAACGGCCGACGAAUUACGUUUACUUAUGAGAAAACAUUACACCGUUGGAGGAUUAACAGAUGUUCUUUCAGUUUUUGGACCAGUUAAAGAAGAUUUUAUAACAUUAGGUAAAAUUGCUAAGAGUCGAGCAGUGGCAAUCUUUCGUGAAUUGAAAGCUGGCGGUGGUGCUUCAUCAGCAGCAAAACCACCUGAUAGCUAUAGCAGUUCUAAUGCUGCUGCAAUGCCUCCGUCAAGACCACCUGUAGCAUCAUCACAACCUGCGGUACAAAUGCCGCAAGCACCAUCAUCGUAUCCUGGUGCUUACGAUGGAAACAGUGGCGCUAAAUCUGUCCCAUUUGAUGUAAUUAGUCAAGCACAAAAAUUAUGUCGUUAUGCUAAUUCAGCUCUUGAACAUGAAGAUGUUGCCACAGCAGUUAAAAACUGCGAACAAGUAUUGCAAUUACUUCGACCUUACAAUAAUUAA